UAUUAACCGAGUCACAGUAUGGGGAGUGCGAGUUCUUCUCAAAUAAAAUGUUUUAUGCGUUCUUCACUCUCGUCCUCACAAAAACGUGCUCAAGAGAACGUCCUCGGAGAAUCCCCUUGGAGCAUGAGUGUGUGGAGCGCGGUAGGAUGCAUAUUGAGAAACACCCUUUGUUUCCUCCCCAGGGGGUAAAACCACCCUAUCGGAAUGCUCCGUAUGGACUAGGCCACGCCUCUCUGUUCCAGAACCUGCCUCCCCUGCCGGACUGCAACGAUUCGCUGUCUGGGACAAUGGGCUUCACUGAUUGGUCGGCUCCAUAUGACCAGGGAGGAAGUAGAUUAACGAAUCACCACACAGCCGCUCCCUCUGGCCCCUCCCACUCGCCAUCAUCAUCUUCCUCCGAUGGAGACGAACCAAACGACAGUAGCCACCAUCUGACAGACAAGUCCUCCAAGUGGGAUCCGUCCGGUCGGGGGGGCAGAGGGGAGGGUUCCCACGAUAACGGGAACGGGUCCCACGGUAACGGGAGCGGGUCCAACAUUCCAUCGCUGUUGUCGAUGGCGACACGGAGUCACAUGGACAUAACCACACCCCCUCUGCCUCAAGUCAGCGCUGAGGUGUUGAGGGUAGCAGAACACAGACAUCGCAGAGGACUGAUGUACCCAGAGAUAUACCACAUACUGACCAAGGGAGAGAUGAAGAUGGUGGUGUGUAUAGAAGAUGAUUGUAACAGUGAGCUGCCUCCAGCCUCUCUGCUGUUCAGAGCAGCCAGACAGUACUGCUAUGGGGUCCUCUUCAGCCUUGCCGAAACACACCGACGCCUCGAGAGACUCGCCAUGCGCAGCAGAGGACCCCUGGAAGUCCCCCCAGUGAUAGUGAAGGAGUGGUCCAGUGGUAAGUCUAAAUCAGCCCUGACCCCGGAGCUGGUUCCAGCGCUGUGCUUCAGAGAGUGGACCUGUCCUAACCUGCGGAGGCUGUGGCUUGGUAGGGCCAGUGAAGAUCGCUCCCGGAGGACCAGAGCGUUCCUAGCCUGUCUCCGCUCCGACUGUCCUGCCCUACUCAACCCUGCUCAGGUUCCACAACACCUUCUGCUCAUGUGCUGCGUGCUCAGGUAUAUGAUGCAGUGGCCAGGUGGUGGUAUCCUACAGAGACAUGAGUUGGAUGCCUUCCUGGCCCAGGCCGUCUCUAACCAGCUGUAUGAACCAGACCAACUGCAGGAGCUCAAGGUGGAGAAGGUAGACAGCCGGGGGGUCCAGCUGGCGUCUCUCUUCAUGGCGGGCGUGGACACGGCUCUGUUGGUCAACGACGUGUGUGGUCAGCCGUUACCAUGGGAACACUGCUGCCCCUGGGGCUUCUUCGACGGGAAACUAUUCCAGACCAAACUGGCCCGCGCCGCCCGAGACCGACUGGCCCUGCUCGACAUGUGUGAAGGACAGGAGGAGCUGGUGUCUCGUGUGGAGAAGAUGCGUCAGGCCAUCCUCGAAGGCAUCAACUUCACUCGUCCUCCUCCCCCUCCUCCACCACCUCCCCCUCUUUCCUUCCUCCCUCCUCCCCCCUUCUACCCCCUACCCCCCCUCUACCCCCCCCGACCAAUGGGAAACAUGCCCCCCCACCACCACCACCCAGGCCAGCACAGACCCAGAGCCUUCCCAGGUCUGCAGUCGAUCCCCCCCCAGGGAGGGAAGCUGGAGAUAGCCGGCAUGGUGGUGGGCCAGUGGGCUGGGAACAAACCACUGCGUGGCAGAGGGGGGUUCAACAUGCAGGUGGUGUCAGUCGGAGCAGGGAGAGGAAGGGGUAAGGACAUCCCAUUGAAAGGAGGUCGUGGAGUUAAAAAGACCUCAUCCUCCCCCUCCACCAGCCCCCACAAGCCCGAGGAGGAGGGGCCUAACUCGGGGGCCGUGGCCCAGCAGCUGAAUGGCAGCUCUGCGACCUCUGCUAUUGGCCUGCCUCUGGAUCUGCCCCCACUGGCCCAUCCAACCCCGUGUGCCUUAGCAAGCAGAGACAACCAAUCAGAGGAGGACCCCUGUUGCCUUGACGACUGUCCAUCAGACAGAACGCUAACGAAGGAGGCGUGACAAGGCUUUCCCAGAAUGCACCAGGGUGUUCAGAAAGAGCCAUCUGUUUCACUGCCCUGCCCCUUGAUUUUGUCAUGUGGUUUUAUUUGAUCUUAACGAUAAGAGGUUUUUCCUCCAUGAGUCCGUAUGUAUGUAAGCCCCUCCCCAUAACCCCUGCCCCCUAAAGCCCAGCCCCCAUGGUAGUGUGUUUAGAUACACUACCACACACUGUUGGCUAGGUAGUUAGUUCCGGUGCCUGGGUUUGGUUGACAUGGUUAGUGUGUAAAGGUUUGGUUGCUGGGUGUGUAGGUUGUUUCCAUAGGGAUCUCAUGGUGAGUUCUGAGAGUGUUGGACUCUAGAAGUGUCAGAGGAGGAAGAGCGAAAGAGGAGGAUUGCUAACGAAUGAAUGAACGAGUGCAGCCUUUGUGUGCUAAAUAAGGCCAGUUUACCACCAAUAACGAUGUAUUAGUGUUAGCCGUGCCGCUAACCACCAGAACGCGGGUUAGCAUUGCCCAGACCCUUCAGUAGCAUUUGCACCGCUAAUCCGUUAGCAUGCUAACAUAGCCCAAACCUUGAAUAACAUUAGCACUUGCCCUAAUAUGUUAGCGUGCUAACAUAGCCCAGACCUUGAAUAACAUUAGCACUUGCCCUAAUAUGUUAGCGUGCUAACAUAGCCCAGACCUUGAAUAACAUUAGCACUUGCCCUAAUAUGUUAGCGUGCUAACAUAGCCCAGACCUUGAAUAACAUUAGCACUUGCCCUAAUAUGUUAGCGUGCUAACAUAGCCCAGACCUUGAAUAACAUUAGCACUUUGCCCUAAUAUGUUAGCGUGCUAACAUAGCCCAGACCUUGAAUAACAUUAGCACUUGCCCUAAUAUGUUAGCGUGCUAACAUAGCCCAGACCUUGAAUAACAUUAGCACUUGCCCUAAUAUGUUAGCGUGCUAACAUAGCCCAGACCUUGAAUAACAUUAGCACUUGCCCUAAUAUGUUAGCGUGCUAACAUAGCCCAGACCUUGAAAAACAUUAGCACUUGCCCUAAUAUGUUAGCGUGCUAACAUAGCCCAGACCUUGAAAAACAUUAGCACUUGCCCUAAUAUGUUAGCGUGCUAAGUUAGUCUAGCCCAGCCGUGUUGAGACCACCUGACCACAGAUGUAAUGUAAUGCACCUUAACCUGACGCUCUUACCCCCAUAUUAUAUUACUGCAUUAUCCCCUAUGCUCUGAUUGUAUAUCCCAACGGGGAGCACUUACUAAUGUAGGAUUCAUUGAUUUAAUAUUGAUUAUUGAUGACCAGACCCCCAGACAGUCUGUCUGAGAGAGUUCCCUUGUGACCUAGGAAAUCACUUUGACCAUUGACCUCGAGGUCUAUUUUAGCAUGACCUUUGUGUUAUGUAAAUGAGACCUGUUUGAAUGUGAACAGAGUAGGGCUGCACAAUUAAUCAAAAUCGCAAUAUUGACAUGUGCAAUAUCCAUAUCGCAAUAUUUUGAAACACCACUCAGCCGCGUGUAACGUCCGUUUUUAUAGUUGACUCUCACCCCUGUCCUCUCGCGGCUGCUUCCCACAACAAAGCUCAGCACAGUUCCUCGUCUGUUAGGUCAAAUGCAGUCAACACAUUGUUCCUAACAAGAAUGAUGCUGCAGUUCCACUUGACUUCUUAAUAGAAAUCAUUAUAUUUCUCUGAUUCCAACCGUGUUUUGAUCUAUCACAAGUCAAAUCUUAAUAUUUGUUAAAGAAUAUCGCUAUUAUAUUUUUUGCUCAUAUGGUGCGGCUCUAGAAGAGUGGUCUUCAGAAGAAGCACUUUGUUUUAAAGGGAUCCUGUACCAAGUUAAAACAGGACAAAUCAGAGAUAGGACUCAUCUUUGUAUCUGUGCCAUUAUAGCGUCUAUGACAGUAUGGGAGCGCUAUUGAGGCUAUCUCAGUUUUUAAAGUAGUCAAUUUUUUCUUCACGAUUAGCUAAUCCCUCCUGAUGACCCGGUUUGACAUGACUCCAACAGGGUCACCAGGAGGGAUCAGACCCACCCAGUUGACAACAUUAAAAUGGUGGAAGCCCUCAAUGGUGCUGCCCACGCUAAUAUGGCCUAUUGGCCCCUAGAGGCCUCAUCAUUCUCUAUGGGCCAAAUAUGGUGCCAUGUCAGGGGACCGGAGGGUCUGGGGUUAAAGGUCAGCGUACUGACCCUGCCAAGCUCCUUCUCUUCUGACUGGCACCUUGUCUAAAUGAACCCAAGGUUGCAUCUCAAAUGGCACCCUAUCUCCUACGUAGUGCACUACUACUCCUGUUCAUCAGAAGCAGUGCAUUAUGGGGGGUGGGUAGCUGUAAGGGACAAGAACUGAUGAAGUCCCAAAGCAUAGACCCACCCCGGCCCUGUCAGCUGGCUGGCCAAUCAGGACAUGCCUGGUAGCACCGCCUCCCCAACCCCACCUGGUGAUUGGUUAGCGUUCUAAGCUCUUUAUCUAACAGGAAGCACUUCCCCAAACCACCUAGCCUAUCAGCAGGGGUUUGGGGCGAGAACACUUGAAUGUUCUGUCCACAUCUGAAGAUCUGAAGAUCCUAAAUAGUU